CCUGCUCCCUUCAAUCCAUGGCUCCCCUUCUCCUCCUCCUCUCCACCCUUCUUCUCUCCUCCCUCCUCUACUACUUCUUCUUCUCCAAGGGAAGGACACAGGGGAGCCGAGCUCCGCUCCCACCGGGCCCAACGGGAUGGCCCGUUCUCGGAAACCUCCCCCAGCUCGGCUCAAAACCCCACCACACGCUCCACGCCCUCUCUAGGGCCCACGGGCCCAUCUUCCGCCUCCGCCUCGGCUCGGUAGACGUCGUCGUAGCCGCCUCCGCCGCCGUCGCCACUCAGUUCCUCCGCGCUCACGACGCCAACUUCUCGCACCGCCCGCCCAACUCCGGCGCCGAGCAUAUCGCCUACAACUACCAGGAUCUUGUCUUCGCCCCCUAUGGGCCCCGUUGGAGAGCCCGCCGUAAGCUCCUCAACCUCCACCUCUUCUCCGGCAAGGCUCUCGAAGACCUCCGACCGGUCCGGGAGGGCGAGCUCGCGGUCCUCGUGCGGGCCCUCUGGGACCGGACUGGGGCGAAUGAGCCGGUGGAUCUGGGCAGGGCCGCGAACAAGUGCGCCACAAACGCGCUGGCCCGGGCCACGGUGGGCCGGCGGGUGUUCCAGGAGGAGGAGGAGGAGGAGGCGGCGGAGUUCAAGAACAUGGUGGUGGAGCUGAUGAGGCUCGCUGGAGUUUUCAACGUCGGGGACUUCGUGCCGGGUAUCGGGUGGCUGGACCUCCAGGGGGUGGUGCGGCGGAUGAAGAAGUUGCACCGCCGCUUGGACAGAUUCCUGGACGGGCUCAUCGCCGAGCACCGCCGGGCUGCGAAUGGCGGCGGCGGCGGUGGCGCGAAGGAUCUCCUGAGCGUGCUUCUCGGGCUGAAGGAGGAGGACUUGGACAUAGACGGCGAGGGUGGCAAGCUGACCGACACGGAUAUCAAAGCGCUGCUCCUGAACUUAUUCACGGCAGGGACGGACACCACAUCCAGCACCGUUGAGUGGGCCUUGGCAGAACUCAUCAAGCAUCCAGAUAUCCUCAGGAAGGCCCAAGUGGAGCUCGACUCCGUUGUGGGCCGAGACCGGCUCGUCUCCGAGUCAGACCUGCCCAACCUCCCCUUCGUUCAGGCAAUCAGCAAAGAGACAUUCCGGCUCCACCCAUCAACGCCACUCUCCCUUCCCCGCAUGUCCUCCGAAGCGUGCGAGGUCGCCGGCUACCACAUUCCACAGGGUGCAACUCUCCUAGUGAACGUAUGGGCCAUCGCACGUGAUCCGGCCGUGUGGCAUGACCCGCUUGAGUUCCAACCUGCCCGGUUCCUCCCCGGCGGCGGCUACGAGCACAUGGAUGUGAAGGGGAAUGACUUCGAGAUCAUACCAUUUGGCGCCGGCCGGAGGAUUUGCGCCGGGAUGAGCCUGGGUAUAAGGAUGGUCCAGUUCAUGAUAGCUUCGUUGGUGCAUGCUUUUGAUUGGGCUCUGCCGGAGGGGCAGAUGGCGGAGAAGUUGGAUAUGGAGGAGGCUUAUGGGCUCACCUUGCAGAGGGCUAUGCCGUUGAUGGUGCACCCAGUUCCAAGGCUAGCCUCGGCAGCAUACUAGACUUGGUCAUUACGCAUUUCAUAAUAUCCUGUGUGCUUCUUUACUUUUGUGUGAAUGUAUGCGUGGUCAUGCGAUACAAUUUCUCUUUGUGAUAAAUGUUUCAACUUAUCAACUGUUGGUAUACUUGGUCGUCAUAUUGCCUUUGGAGGACUUUCCCUUAA